AUUCGACUCCCCCGACGAUGGAUCGAUAACCAGCCACUAUCCAAACACGGAGUGCUGCCUGCAGCCGACAGAUGGAUGCUGCUUCUUCCGAUUUCUCCUCCGAUCCCUCCGGCCCUUCCAACAUGCCGUCCGCCCGCCGCUGGGCCCGAAAGCUCGAGCGCUCGUGCUGGGCCUGCGCCAAGUACUUCCCCCUCGCCUUCGUCUACGGCCUGACCACCUGGGCCGUCUUUGUGCUGGCGACGCUCUGCUCCAGCCCCUCGAAGGUGCCGUGGCAUGGCAAGCCUGCUGCCGCGGCCGGCAUCACCUUCUAUCUCCUGCUCAACUGGUGUUACACCACGGCCGUCUUCACCCCUCCCGGCAGUACGACCAACGAUAAUGGCUACAGCACGCUCCCGACCCACGCCGCGCCGACGGCCACAUCCUUCACCGUCAAGUCCAACGGUGAGAUGCGCUUCUGCAAGAAGUGCCAGGCCCGCAAGCCCGACCGCGCCCACCACUGCUCCACGUGCCGCCGCUGCGUGCUCAAGAUGGACCACCACUGCCCCUGGCUGGCCACUUGCGUAGGCCUGCGCAACCACAAGGCCUUUCUGCUCUUCCUCAUCUACACCACCCUCUUCUGCCUGUACUGCUUCGCCGCGUCGGGCUCCUGGGUCUGGGAGGAGCUCUUCGUCGCCAACAGCACCUACGUAGAGGACCUCAUGCCCGUAAAUUACAUUAUGCUGUGCGUCAUCUCCGGGAUUAUCGGCCUGGUCAUCGGCGCCUUUUGCGGCUGGCACAUCUACCUGGCCGCGCGAGGGCAGACGACCAUCGAGUGCCUCGAAAAGACACGCUACCUCUCGCCGCUCCGCCGCAGCAUGCACCAGACCUACAUCAACCAGCACACGCCGGGCCAGGGCGUGCCGCUGCCUCGCUACGGCCAGCAGCUGCUCGACAUGGCGCAGAACGCCAUCCCAGGCGUCACGCGCCCGGAGGAAGGCGAGGAACUACGCCCGGAGCCGCUGCCGCACUUGCCGCACCACGACCCCGCUGUCGGUCCGCAGCUGCAGGCCGGCUCGCGCCGUUUUACGUAUGACGAGAUGGAACGCUACCGCGCCCGCAAGCGCUACGAGGAGUACCUCGACGAGCAAGACUCGACCAAGCUGCCUAAUGCGUUCGACUUGGGACCCAGGCGGAAUCUGCUGCAUCUGUUUGGUCCCAACCCGUGGCUGUGGGCCGUGCCCGUGUGCAAUACCACGGGCGAUGGAUGGAGCUGGGAACCGAAUCCCAAGUGGCUGGAUGCGAGGGAGCGGCUGGCGAAGGAGCGGUGGCAGCAGGCAGAGCGGGAGAGGGCGGCGGGGUGGGGUGGGCAGGAGGAGGAGGAGGAGGAUGGCGUGGAGGAGGUUGCGGGUCAUGGUGCGCAGGGAGGAGCCGGGAGGCAUUACCUCUACCCUCCACAACAACAACAACAACAACAACAACAGUCACGACAGCCGCAAUACAUUGGGCGAUACACUCCAAGCACAUACCUCACCACCAAUAACAAGACGAAUACCCUUUCACCCCUUCCGUCACCGAACCUCCCAGGCCGCAGAACACCAAGCAAAGCAGACCGCAUUCUGGGCCGCGAUCCGAAUCUCUACGGUGACGACGCCUCCGACGCGGUCUCUCUGAGGAGGCUCAGCCCGUCGGGGCGGACGAUCGAGGACGAACUGGACGCCAUUGACCGCGACGAUUACGACGAAGAGGAGGAGGAGGAGGAGGAGGAUGGGGCGGAUGAGACGGGGGGUAAGCAGCGGCAAGAGCUGCCACAGCAGCGGGCUGAGGUGGAAAGGAGACCGCUGGAUGUGGUUACCAACGGGCGCUGGGGGAGGGGGAAUCAUCCAGGCGGAGUGCGUGGAUUGUUGAGGGGGGCUGUUUCCCCUGGCGCUGGGUCUGGGUCGACUGGCGUUGGGAGCGGUGCGGGUAGUGGCUCCUUUGGGAGUGAUAAUGGUAGUGAUAAUGAUGGGGUUGACUAGAUAUAGGAUGUUGUAAUAGUCUAUUUAGCGUCUUGGAUUUUUGUGGCUUUCUCUUUGGCAAGAGUUCCUAGAAGCAAUCUGGCGGUGUAUGUGUUUUGCAUAUUUGUAGGAAUAAUCGGAUGCUGAAUAGAUGAGUCAGUUGGAU